AUGUCUGAGGUCACAUCCAGACCAGCUGCGACGCGCGGCCGCGGUGUCGGCCGGGGCGGUCGCGGCGGUUUCUCCAGCCGCGGUGGUGCGCGCGGUGCCUCUAGAACCACUACGAAUGGCGACUCCAAGCACGAACCCGACUCUCUUCCCACGCUCGAGGAUGAGGGCGAGAUUGGCGAUCUGAAGAAGCUCUACGGCUCAAAGACCGGUCUCAUCAAGGAGAUGUUCCCCGAUUGGUCUGACGUCGACAUCCUCUUUGCUCUUCGAGAGACCGAUGGCGACGAGAAUCUGACAGUCACGCGCAUUGCUGAAGGCACCAUCUCACAGUGGGGCGAAGUCUCCAAGCAAAAGAAGGACCGCUCGAAGUCUAAGGCAAAGGAUACAUUCACCACUACUACUGGCACUGAUGCUUCGUCCACUGCGAAUACUAGACACACUCGAGGCGGUCGUUCGGAGGGUGGCCGUGGCCGCGGUAGAGCCACUGAACGAGGCGGCCGUGCUGCUCGGGGCAGGUCCUCGGCUGCUACCACGAAUGGACACAAACCCAAGGAUGCGCAGCAGCUCUCCGUUCCUACCGAAGAUGCCUGGGAUACCACGAAGACCUCUGAAGAUACUGCAUGGGAUACUACCGGCACUGAGGCAGCUGCCGCCGCCGCUGCCGCACCAGCUGCUACUACCACAGCACAGAAACCGAGCGUCAUUCCCGAAGGCACCCAGAAGACGUGGGCAAGCAUGCUCAGAGCGUCCACCGUACCUAAGCCAGCUCCCAAGCCCAAAGAGGCUCCUGCUCCGAAGCCUGAGCCUCCCAUCGAACCCUUGCCGCCUGCCGAACUUGCAGCUACUGAGCCUGAGCCUCAGCACGAUGCUCCAGUAGAGUUGUCCGCCGAGCCAGAGAAGCCAAGCCCGGCCGAGCUUCCUGCCGUUGUUGUCCCCGAAAUUGCUUUGAUGCCUUCAAAGGAUCAAUUGACCGAGACCAAUCUCGAGCAAGUCGUGGACGAAUCCAAUCCCCCGGAUACCGAGACAGCUAGAAGCGAAGCCGCGGAUUCUUGGGACCCUCGAGCCGCUGCUGUCAGCGCGACUGCCACUCCCCUCUCUGCUUCCCAGCAGCAUCACCAACAGGCUAAGGCCCCGACAAGCGGAUUUGCUGCGACUGCCCUCAAGGCGACUGAGCGUGGUCCUUCGCGCACUCCCAGCUAUCAGCGACGAAUUCUUGACCAGGAGGAGCCUGUGCGCAUGCCUGGGAACAGAGAGGUGGACCGCGCAGCUGUUCAGUUCGGCGCAUUCAGCCUUAACGGCCUCGACGACGAUAUUGAUGGAGAUCGCGAGGAGCCCGAGACACGAGCUCAGCCUCCCGUCGAUUCCCCUGUCGCUCAUCCCCGUACCUCCCUACCCCCCGUUCCGCAGCCCGCUGCUGUCCCCGAGGCUUUCUCCACCCCCAAGCCAUCUACAUCCCUUCCUCCAGCCGCAGGACCAACUGGUAUUGUCAUCCCUCAUUUCCUCUACAACAAGUACGGUUUCCCGACUGACAACCCUUCAGCUGCCCCUACUGCACCGGCGGCACAGCAACCCACCUCUGCUCAAGCCCCACAGCCCCCUACCCAACCGUCCUCCCAGCAGUUUGGUCGUUUCGGCCAGAGCACUGCUCAGGAGCCGUCGUCCUUCUCUCAGAAGCCCUUCGACACAUACAACCAACAGGCGAACCCGCCUUCUGCCCCUUCGCAGUAUGAUGGCUUCCCUAGCCAACAGCAAUCUCAGCCUCAGGGCCAACAGGCGGGCGGCGCUUUCAGCUCCGCUCCAACCGAAUAUUCCUCUUACUACACAGCUGACCCACAAAGCCGUGGCCAGUUCAACUACUACAAUCAGCAGUACGGCCAGCAGCAAUCCGGUCAAGGUCAGCAGGAAGGCGGUCUACCCUCUCAACAGCGAUCUUUCAGCGGAUACGGGGGACCGCAGAAUGACAUUUCCAGCCAGUAUCCGCAGAGUGCUAACCAGUCGCGAUUUGGUGCUGGAUCUACUACGGAUCUCCAGACCAGCGGCAACACUACACCUAAUCCAUCCGCCGCCGGUCAGCAGACUGGUCAGAAUAGCCAGUCACAGUCGCACGGAGGACAGCAGCAACAUGGUGGCCAAUAUCCAUACACUCAUCCCUACUACUCUAGCCCGUAUUAUGCUGCUUAUAUGAACCAGCAGUAUGGUGGAUACGGGCAGGGAGGUUUUGGUGGUCCUUAUGGCAAGGGAGGUGUGUAUGGACAACCUCAGCAAUAUGGAAUGUCACCGCAGGGUCCAUAUGACCACAGCUCUUCGCCCGCCACCGGCUAUGGCCAGUCAUCGCUUCACCGUGCAGACAGUGGCCUCGGAUCGGGCCUUGGAGAUUAUGGUCGUGCAGGCUCUGCUCAGUCCGGCAGUCAACCUGGUCUUGGUGGCAGCGGAUUCGGUGGCAUCAACGACACCUUCGGCCGCGGCGCCUCAUCUUAUGGAUCACAGAGCGGACAACCGUUCAAUGCAGCCGGCUCCCAACCAGGUGCUGGUGCUCCAUCCGCCAAUGAUGACCUGAAGCCCUUUGGCGAGUCUAAGACCGCAGGUGGGCCCAGCCCUUCCCUAGGCGGUGCUCGUCCCGGGUCUGCAACCAACAACAACCCAUCUCAGUCCGGACUUCCACCUCCGCAGUCAAGUCAGCAGGGCGGCAUGGGAGGAUAUGGCGGCUACCCAAGCCAUUUGCAGGGUGGUCUGCACGGUAAUCAGUCCGGCUCAGGCGGAUAUGGAAUGGGCGGAGGCGCUGGCCAGGGUCACCAGAACCAGCCUUAUGGCGGAUAUGGCGGCGGCGGCCAAGGCUUCGGCGGUGGUAGCUACUAUGGUGGCAACCAGCCUCGUGGAUGGGGUGGCAACUAUCAUUAG